GAAGAGUGAACGGAACUUCAGUGACGUGUGAAAAACCAGCUGAAGAGAGGAUUUUUUUUCCUGGUCAAUUUGAGAUCCUGAAACGAGAAUGUCGACUGCCAUACCCAUGAAUUCUUUUGUCAUCCAGCUGCAACCACCAAUACAAACAACAGCAUUUGGGACUGCCACAAAUGCGCCUGCGCCUGUUUAUGUCCAACAAUUAGCAGGACUUUCACCUCUUCAUGGUCUUCAGGCAUUUCUGACAGGCCAACCAAAAGCUCUUGGGACUGUCCAGAUAAUGAUUGGUCUGAUGACUCUCCUGUUUGGCAUUGUGUCUACAGUUUAUGCAGAAUCCAUCUUUGUCUAUAGUGGUAUUCCUUACUGGGGAUCUCUCAUCUACAUUAUUGCAGGCUCACUCUGCAUUGCUGCAGAAAACAAACUUAAUUCACCCUCCAGUUUGUGUUUGGUGAAUGGUUCACUUGGAAUGAACAUUUUCAGUGCUUUAACCGCAGGCAUUGCCCUUAUUUUAACUUCACUGGAUUUGGUUCUAGCACAAAUCAUCUUUUCCUCUAACUGCAACAAUUCUGAAUGUUAUGUUCAGGGAAAAUAUAAGACCCUCUUCUGCGGAAUCAGUGGUGUAUUGCUGUUAUUCACCUUCCUUCAGUUUAUCAUCUCCAUCUGUUUGUCAGUAUUUGCUUGUAAGGUCUCCUGUUGCUGUUAUCCUCCUCAGGUGCCAUUUGUUCCUCAAGUUUUAAAUCCACAGCCUCCUGAUUUCAGGCCCAAUCAUUUCCAUGAUCUUAACAGCUCAGAGAUACCUGUGGUCAGCAGCUCUUCCAUGAACCACCAUCAUGCAGAAACCCUCCCACAAUACAGUGAAUUGUGUCUGGAUCUCCUGAAGGAUCCAGUGAUGAUUUCCUGUGGACAUAGUUACUGUAAAAGCUGUAUUACAUUCCACUGGGAUCAAGAGGAUCAGAUGAGAGUCUACAGCUGCCCUCAGUGCAGACAGACCUUCAGUCCAAGACCUGCUUUAGGUAAAAACACCAUUCUGGCUGAGAUGGUGGAGAAACUGAAGAAGACUAAACUUCCUGCUGACUGUUACGCUGGAGAUGUGCAGUGUGACGUCUUGCUCGGCACAGACAGCAGUGGAGGACACAUGAGAGAAUCUGUCAGUCAGCUGAGAGACAAACUGCAGGAUUUCUGCAAAGAGGAGCUCAAAAAGAUCUCUGACAGAGGUAAAGUCCUGGGCCCUCAUUUAUAA